UGGGGCUCUAUACUGCUCAGUCCAGUCGGGACAGUGUGCUGAGAGCUGCAUCCUCCACGUCCUUUGUCAAGUCGCGUUUUUUUCAGCAUGGAUCCGAAAGCUGUAAGGGAAGAUUUGCGCCUGUUUCAGAGCACCCUGCUCCAGGAUGGCCUGAAAGAGCUUCUGAAUGAGAACAAGUUUAUUGACUGCAUUCUGAAAGUGGGAGACAGAAGCUUGCCCUGCCAUAGACUUAUUUUGGCAGCCUGUAGUCCUUAUUUCCGAGAGUUUUACUUCUCAGGCGAUGCUAAAGAAAUGGAUAAGGAGGUUGUUCUGGAGAAUUUGGACCCCACAAUCAUGGAGAUGAUUGUGAAUUACAUGUAUUCAGCAGAGAUUGACAUCACAGAUGACAAUGUGCAGGAUAUCUUUGCUGUGGCAAACCGUUUCCAGAUCCCCUCAGUGUUCACAGUGUGUGCGAAUUUCCUACAGAAGAAGCUGUCCCCGGGUAAUUGUAUGGCCAUAUUCAGAAUGGCACUGGUGCUCAACUGCCCCAGACUGGCAUUGGCAAGUCGAGAAUACAUUGCAGAUCGUUUUGAAAUCCUGGCCAAGGAGGACGACUUCUUAGAGCUUGCCUCUCAUGAACUUUUUGCCGUCAUAGGAGCGGACUCUCUCAAUGUAGAAAAGGAGGAGGUUGUGUUUGAAUCCCUGAUGAAAUGGAUUCGAAAAGACAAGGAGAACCGUGUCAAGACUCUAGGUGAGGCCUUUGACUGUGUCCGUUUCCGUUUACUCCCAGAGAAGUACUUCAAUGAGAAAGUGGAAAAGGAUGACAUCAUCAAGGCUGACCCAGAGCUCCUCAAAAAAAUCAAAGUUAUCAAAGAUGCCUUUGCUGGGAAACUCCCUGAGAAGACAGGAGAGCCAGGGAAGGAUGCAGUCAACAGUAAAGAAGGAGAGGAUUACAGGUUACCUGGUUACCUGAAUGAUAUCAAGAGAGUUGGUAUGUAUGCCAAGGAUCUUGUCUUGAUGAUCAACGACACUGCUGCAGUGGCCUAUGAUGGCGUUGAGAAUGAAUGCUUCCUUGCUGCAAUGACUGAGCAGAUCCCACGCAACCAUGUCAGCCUGACAUCAAAGAAGAAUGAUCUCUUUAUCCUGGGAGGAUUGUUUGUCGACGAAGAGGAUAAAGAUGCUCCAUUACAAUGCUAUUUCUAUCAGGUAAUAAGCUUUGCUUUUGCACUUCCUAAGGACAUUCAGCACAACUGAUCUAACUUUAAAUCAACACAUUUUGUAACACCAUGACUAAGCAAGGGAGGAUCUCAAACCACCAAACUUUUCUGUUAUCAGAAAUAGCUUGAUUACUGUAACCUUCUAAUAUCAGGGUAUUUUUUCAGCUGGACAUCCUUGCUGCUGAUUGGAUAGCUCUGCCCCCUAUGCCCUCUCCCAGAUGUCUGUUCAGUAUGGGAGAAUUUGACAAUCUCAUCUUUGCUGUAGCUGGUAAAGAUCUACAGUCCAACGAAUCUCUUGACUCUGUAAUGUGCUAUGAUGUUGAGUAAGUAGGAUGAGUUCAUAUUCUUAUGCUUAUUUCCAGUCACUACAUGAGUAAGGAGCCUGAAACACAUCUUAUCCUUACCAUCUGUUCCCCAGGAAGAUGAAGUGGGCUGAGACCAAAAAGCUACCUCUGAAAAUCCAUGGUCAUAGUAUUGUUUCCCAGAAUGGGUUGGUGUACUGUAUCGGAGGGAAGACGGAUGACAAGUAAGCUUGCUCUUUAUACAAAACACACCUUGUUAUUUCUAAUUGUUUGAUACUUAUACAGUAUAAGCAUGCAAUAGAUGCAAGAUGUAAAAUAAAUGAGUGGCAUUUAAUAAUCCUCACUGUGAUGUUCCAUUCUUGUUUUUCUCAAAGCAAAGCCAUCAAUAAGAUGUUUGCAUACAACCACAAGAAAUCAGAGUGGAAGGAGGUGGCUGCUAUGAAAAUGGCAAGAUCCAUGUUUGGGGCAGUCAUUCACAAUGGGAAGAUUGUGGUGACUGGAGGGGUCAAUGAAGAUGGUCUCACCGCUGCAUCUGAAGCAUAUGACUUUGAAACCAACAAGUAUGUGCCUUGAUGUUGAAGUCUGUAUGAUUAGCAACAAUGUAACAGAGCCAUUCAAUUACCAAUGAUCCCCUUUUCAGGUGGGCGCCCUUCACAGAUUUCCCCCAGGAGAGGAGCUCAGUAAACCUGGUCAGCAGUGGAGGAUUGCUGUAUGCAGUUGGAGGCUUUACCAUUGUGGCGACGGAAGACGACAAAGUUGCCCCAACGGAAAUCAUUGACAUCUGGCAGUAAGUAAACUAGUCCCCAAAUGUAAUCCAAUCCCAUGUACCCUGCUGCCGUCUUUAGAGAAUGGUCUAUAUUAAAAGAUCCUUGAUGAGUUGAUCAUGUCUAAUGGUAAAAUGGUGCCACUGCCACUAUUGCUCUCUGCCAAAGGCAUAACGUCAAACUUAUCUUUUCUCCUGUGGCAGGUAUGAAGAGGAUAAGAAAGAGUGGACCGGGAUGCUCAAAGCCAUGCGUUAUGCCGCAGGGGCCUCCUGUGUGUCUAUGCGCCUCAAUGCAGUCAAAAUGCCCAAAUUGUGAACAAGAACACAAUAAGUGCUGUACUGUCUACAUGUAACAAGGAGGACUGCAAAUACAAUGUAUUUAGAGUGACUUUCAUCCGGAUCCUUCAUAAUUGGAAUGCACCAUAAUAUACUGAACAAAAAUAUAAAAUGCAACAUGUAAGGUUUUGGUCCCAUGUUUCAUGAGCUG